CUUAUUGAUAAAAUUCUAAGCGCUCUCUUCUACGAUUCAAGAUGCAAAUCUCUGUGUUAACAUUAUUGACUAGAAAAACUUUCACUCUUGAGGUGGAGAGUUCUGAUACCAUAGACAAGGUGAAAGCUAAGAUCCAAGACAAGGAAGGGUUUCCACCCGAUCAGCAAAGGCUUAUCUAUUCACUUAAACCGCUUGAAGAUGGUCGGACUCUAGCUGAUUAUCGCGUCGAGAAGCAAUCCACUCUCGAAUUGGUUUUAAGACCAAUUGAUGAUGCUAUGGAAGUUCUUGUUAUCUUUCCUAAUGAAAAGACGAUAACAUUGGAGGUAGAAAGUUUUGAUACAAUUGAAAGUGUGAAGGCGAAAAUUGAGGAGAAAGAGGGAAUUCCCGCAGACCAACAGAGGGUAAUUUUCAAUGGGAGGGGAUUGAUGGAUGGUAACAUUCUGGCUGAUUAUAAUAUCCAGAACGAUAACCCUUACUGGGAAAACAUAUCUCCGUGGGCGAAAGCUCUCAGAGUAUGCAGGAUAAGCAAUGAGGGUACUCCAUCAUAUUAGCAUAGGCUUAUUUUUGCAGUGGAGGAUUCUAAGUGUGUUUCUCUUUGCAUUUGUGUGUCGCGUUAGUCUCGGUUGCUGUGUUUUAAAUUGGUAUAUGUUGGAAACAAUUCCUAUAUGUCACGUCUCGUUAGUUUCAUAUCAUAUAUGAAGUUGCUUUUGUCAUUUUAAAUUAUUUCAU